GGACGCUUGCAGCUGGUGCUUAUAAGUGUAGGUGAGCUCCGGUGGAUGCGUGAGUUGGCAGGGUGAAGCGUCUGGGAUGGAGAAGGUCUGGACCAGAAGGAAAGUUUGGUUGAUUUACUUGGCAACCAAUAGAGGUCGCACACCACGUGACUGCGGAAGAUUAUGCUCGGUUUUCUUCAAGGCAGGAACAAAGAAGAUGUCUUGUUGAAAGAAUCCAUGAUUCAAGCUUAUUGCCUCGCACUGGCAUAUACGGUGAAGUGUUGUCUCCAUAAGGGCCAGGUGUCUGUUGACACCAUAAGCCACCCAACGACUUUAGAUAUCAAAGCAGAUAGUCAUGGCUUAUGAGCUCUCUAUCGAAAUAUUUGGGCUAGGGGAAGACCCGAGACACCGGUCCCACUGGGGGUUCGUGAUCAACCGACCAUCCCAGCUUGUCGGCGAUCUGCUCCACGUCAAGUUACUCGACCUCGACAGGCUUUGGUACGAGUUCGAGCCGCGGAUGAGCACCCCGCUGGUCACCAUGCAGGCGGUCGGGAAGGUCAAACUGGGCGAGCUCACCGAUCUGCAACGACAAGAGGCGAUUAGAGUGAUCAGUUCGGAGCGGGCACCAAGGGAUGGAAAGAAGAAAUGCCAAGAUUGGGUGUUUGACACCUUGCUGUCCCUGGAGGUGAACGAGCUCGUCCCACCCGGCACCUGUCAGUUCUGGAAGGGGAUGGUCGGAAAGCCAGCAAGGUCGGUUCGAGGCGCGGUGGGGGACAAGUGGAUGGGUCUGAAAAAAUGAAACAAGCAAACAAACUCCUCCCUGUAUAUUGAGCCUCAGAUACCCGUGUAAUCCAGCAUCGAUUGAUUCACUUCGGCCCAGAAUUCGUACUCAUCGACUCCGACGAGGGUCGAUGUAAGCUCCCUCCAUUCUAAAUCC